GAUAGGAUAGAAUACCUAGGUAGGAGGAGUUCUCCCCAAUCACUGGCAAUCAGUUCCAAUGCACUUGGGUGGGCGCUGAGCUGGUGCUGAGGAGAGCAGAGUGCAUAUGAGGUGUUGUCUCCCCUGCACUGGCACCGCGUCUAGUCCCAUCAUGACGCCCGUUCAACCUAGAGAGAGACAGAGAGAGGAAAUCCCAUCCCUGUGGUAUUGUGGUUAUCAUUUACGGAGUAGGAAAAUAUAAGCUGCUAAUCCGUACUAUGCUUAUACUCCGUAAAAUAAUAAUAGGCAUGAAAUGGCCGAGACAGCGCUGGACGGUCACGCUGUGUAAUCAGGCGUCCUGGGUGGUCACUGAGCCACACGCCAAGAGCAGCGCCAGCCAACCACACGGGUCAACAGGGUGGUAUUGAUACCGGCUUUCGUCCGCGGUACGAGUAUUUACCGCUAGACCCGUUCUGGCCGCUGCAACCCGCUCCCGACUCCCUCCCCCAGCGCUCUUCUUCAUCUCUUUUCUUGUCUCCCUCUCCCCGUUUUCCUACCUCCCUCUCUUCCCUCCCUCGUUUUCGAGAUUCAACUUCGAUUCUCAGCAGAAGUGCGUUCUAUCGCCCUUCCUGUGCACCUUGCCUCUCCUUUGUCUCUCUCCUUAAUUCGCCCUUCCCAUAAUCCUGCUGUCGUCCUUGUUCGACCCAGAUCCUUCGGCUCUACCUCCUACCUCCUUCUUUCCCUCCCGCCGCCAACCACACAACAAGCGGGCAUAUAUCACCAAACAAGGGGCUUAUCCGAUUUAAGCUUCUGUGCUCUCUUUUAUUCCGUCCUACUAGAAGGGUGUUGAGUUUGAUCGAGUCGAGGCGCCAUCCGCUUUAGGGGCGUGUUGGUCCUGUUACCCAGCCUCGGGAGAGCCCUCCGCUGCUGCUUACAGCUACUACAGCGUACUGCUACUACCACUACUACUGCUACAACUAUCACUGCUCCUACGAAGACCUAUUAUUGACGAGACUGUCACCCAUGCCAAGCCCGUCACGGUCUAGCGCCCAUUAACGUCCACCUCUCCGCAGCCGCCCUUUCAACAAUCCCCAACCCAACCUUUCCCACCGCCAUAUUGUCUUCACACACAACCCCUUCUCGAUUUGUGCCCCAAGGCCCUGUCGGUCGUCACAGCAAGUCGUGAUGACCUCUUCGUCAAAUGUCGUCGGUGUCCACUACCGUGUGGGCAAAAAAAUCGGCGAGGGCUCGUUCGGUGUGAUCUUCGAAGGCACCAACCUGCUGAACAGCCAACAGGUUGCUAUCAAGUUUGAACCUCGGAAAAGCGAUGCUCCACAGCUUCGAGAUGAGUAUAGAACGUACAAAGUCCUUGUUGGGUGCCCUGGCAUACCUAAUGUCUACUACUUUGGCCAGGAGGGCCUUCACAAUAUCCUUGUUAUCGACCUCCUAGGACCGAGCUUAGAGGAUCUCUUCGAUCACUGCAAUCGAAGGUUUUCGAUAAAGACAGUGGUUAUGGUGGCCAAACAAAUGCUUUCAAGGGUGCAGACGAUACACGAAAAGAACUUGAUCUAUAGAGACAUAAAACCAGACAACUUCCUCAUUGGUAGACCAAAUUCCAAAGCGGCAAACGUCAUCCACGUUGUUGAUUUCGGAAUGGCGAAGCAAUAUAGAGACCCCAAGACCAAGCAACAUAUUCCUUACCGGGAACGCAAGUCACUCUCGGGUACUGCAAGAUACAUGAGUAUCAACACCCAUCUCGGCCGAGAGCAGUCACGACGUGAUGAUCUUGAAGCCCUAGGCCAUGUUUUCAUGUACUUCCUAAGGGGUGGUUUGCCGUGGCAGGGCCUAAAAGCCGCUACCAACAAACAAAAAUACGAAAAGAUUGGCGAGAAGAAACAGACUACCGCAGUGAAAGAUCUGUGUGAUGGAUACCCUGAGGAAUUUAAUAAAUAUUUGACCUACGUCCGAAAUCUGGGAUUCGAAGAUACCCCUGAUUAUGAUUACCUGCGCGACCUCUUCACCCAGGCAUUGAAGAACACCGGAGAGGUAGAAGACGGCGAGUAUGACUGGAUGAAAUUAAAUGGCGGAAGGGGCUGGGAAGCAGCCAAGCAGUAUCCUCCCCAACAUCACCUCCAUGCGACCAACGCUCCAAACACAUCAGCCCGUGACCUUCAUGGAGUACCAGCGCCUAGGGGCCCACAUAGACCAGGUGUAACAGCUGACCGUUUAAACGCCGCGCAACCCCCGCCCCCAUCUCCCGCGAAACAGGGAGUGGGGAAAGCGCGCGAGCGGCAAAGCGCCUCCGGCGGGCCGCAAGUCAAACGUCAAAACGGAGUGGCGGGGGGUCUUGAGACAACACCGGCUGCGUCGACUCAGGCUCAAUUUCAACACUCCAAUGCCCAUCUCCCGGGCCGCAUUCCCACUCCCGGUACCCAUGGCAUGAAUACUCAGCACUCGACACAAAUGCGACCCGCGCAAGACCCGGAACCAACCUUUGUACAGAAGGUCAUGAAAGCUUUAUGCUGUGGUUGAAAUGCACACACCACAUAACAUCGACAUCCGCUGCCCUCGGGCUCCUCUACCUCAACCUUGCCCGCGGUCUCAUUUAAUUAAUCUCACCCCUUCCAUUUCUAGCCGAUGGAGUCAUUUUAAAUGCCAUUGGUAUUCCACCUGUCUGUAUCUACAGCUUUUCUCGGCUCCUGCUGGAUUGAUUAAUUGCAUAGCUACGCCCACUUACGACAAUGGGCCACGAUGGAGUUUUUUCAUUUCGUUUGUACUAAUUUUUCAAUCCUCAUUUUUCCUUUUUCCUCUUUUUCCCUUUUAAACUCUGCUACAACCACACUCUUAUAUUUUCCACGUUAAGCUCUUUGAUCGAUUGAUUUCCGGAGUUUCGUAUCAAAUAUCAUUUUUUCUUUCUCUUUUUUGGUUCUUAAUAUAAUUUUUGUCCGCUUUUGCUCUCCUAGCUAUCUGACCCUCCUUCGGCUCUCUCAAAAUGUCUACCCUCUCCUGUUCCUGCGUGUUUACGGCCCUCCCUUGUCCUAACCACGUACACAAUUCCGUCCUCACUAAGCGAACGCGAAAUGUCUCCUUUUGUGAAAUCCCCCAAAACCGACUUUUUUGCAACCAUAUUUUUACUUUUUUUUCCUGCUUAAUAAUAGAUCUGUGUUCUUUCUCCCAUUUCCAUACCACAAUCCUGUUUUCCCACCGGUCUUUGGCCGCGGCAAUUCGCUCUGCUCUUCUACUGGAGGCGUUAUGUUUCAUGCUCUGCAACGCGCCAGCAUCAACGAACUCUGUCGGGUUUAUAGGAUGCAGGCAUUUUGCUGCUACCUCUACCAUCUAUACCUAUGUGUCGAUUAUAGGGACCAUGGGUAAUUGUCAGUUAGACCAAGCCGAAUCCAAAUCCCCCCUCCCCUUACUGCCAGCUUAUCUCGAACGAAGAAUAGUUAGUUCAUUUGGAGAAGCUCACCAAUUACCACCACAACCAAACAAACAUCCUUCCCGGUCGUCGAUUUUUGCUUAAACACGAGAACACGUUUUCCUUUGUAUAUAUAUAUGAACGUGAACAAUAGGGAGGGGGCCAAAGCUCUGGACUGGCUAGCUAACUUAAUGGGUUUCAUUUAACAUCACCAUCAUCGUGAAGUGCCGUUGAUGGGAAUAACUGUUGUGUGGAAGUGGAAAUAUUAUCACUUUCCUUUCCCUUUCCUUUCCUCGUCGGAAGUUUUUCUUUUUGGUUUUUUUCCCCAUUGUCUCCUUUAUCUCCUAUGCUGUUAUUCAAUUAUAUUUUUCCCCCUUGUUUCAUCUUCCGAGUCUUCUUGUCUCCAAUUCCCUCCCGUCUCGCUGUUUCUUUACCUGCCGUUCUUCGUUUGCAUUUUUCCCCCAUUUCUCCGUUAUUAUAUUAUUUGCUUUUAGUUUAGGUGCUAUGGUCGAGUUUCCAUUUCCAUUCCUAGUGUCGGUUUUUUUU